AUGUCUUUACAAUGGACUUUUAUUGCUGGUUAUCUAUACUUUGAAAUCGCUGUUGUCAUUAUUUUAAUACUACCAAUUUUGAGUCCUCGAAGAUGGCACCAAUUUUUUAAAUCACGCCUCUUUGCAAUAUUUCAACAACAUGCGGCAUGGUAUUUCUACGUGUUUCUUGGAGUUUUAUCUCUUUUUCUACUUGAUGCUAUAAGAGAAAUGAGGAAAUAUUCACAUUCAAAUGAAUCAUCUGUACAUUUAUCUACUGAAAUGAAAGGACAUAUUAAACUGUUUCGGGCACAGAGAAACUUUUACAUUACUAGUUUUGCAAUCUUUUUGGCAUUUGUUAUUAAACGCCUUGUCACAAUGCUAAUUAUUCAAUCAGAACUGGAGCUUAAAGCAGAAAAAAUAAUCAAACAAGCCGAGGAUACUGUUAAACAGGCUAAAAUUACAGUGCUCGAAAACCGUUUGAAUCGUGAAGGCGAAACUGAAGACUAUAAUGAGUUAAUUAAUGUUCUUGAAGAAACUGAAAAGCUCUUGGAGGAAGAAAAAAUAAGAGUAAAAGAAUGUCAAGAAGAGGCUACAAAAUGGAGACUUAAAUAUGAAGAACUUACAAGUCCUUCAAGUGGAAAAGGUGAUGAGUGA